UCUAUUUUUACUGAAGAAAACCUUAUAUUACUAUUAGUAUAAAAUAUCUAUCUUUGCUUUUAACUCAAUUUUAUGUGUACUGUCUUCUAUUUGAACAUUAUAUAUUCAUUUUCUGGAUGAACAGAAAAUUCAAAAUAACAGCUAGAUAUUAUAAAGGUGUUACAAAUGAGCUUUGCUAAAUAAAUAUAUGUAAAAAAUAUUUUUUUUGCAAGGAUUCAACUGAACGGGACCCUCGUGUACAUAAUAUUGAAGGGAACUGAAAGCUCUUGAAAUAUUAGUUGUAUUUUUGCACUAAAUUAGUGACAAUUCUGGCGAGCGACAACCUAAAGUUCUUCAUUUCCAGAUGUUCUAAGAGUACCGACACAUGCUUAAAUGCGUUCUGUGACUGCUGUCAGGUGAAUGUCAUAAUCCUAAUUGCUACUGGACGCAGGAUUAUGAGCCGACACACACACACACACACGCCUCUUUAAAACCAUCUCCAAUAAUCCCAAAUGCUUCACACCGUCCUGCUGCCCAGGUGCAAAGGACACCGCAGAAGCUUUGGCCAAUCUAAGCACUUCACCGAUAGCUAAGAAAGCAUGGCUGCCGUGGACAAGGAUGUGGCCGAGAAAUUUUUGGACAGCAAUCCAACAUUCGCCAAGCAGUACUACGACUCCAGGUUCCGGGCGAAGGUCGUGUCUGACCUGCUAGCGACCACAAAGAAAACGGAGGUGGACAUCAGCUCUUACCACGACCUGAGCUCCAUUGAAGAGUGCGAGAUCAUUUUCGAUAUGGUGCGGGACAUGCAGGAAAACCUGCAGAUGGAGAGAGCCGUGUUCAACCUCAUGAGGCACCUCACGUUCAUUAUGCGAGCCGACCGCAUGAGCCUCUUCAUGUACCGCCAGAGGAACGGCAUAGCCGAACUGGCCACGCGAAUCUUCAACGUCCAUAAAGAUGCCACACUGGAGGAGUGUCUGGUGCCACCGGACAGUGAGAUCGUGUACCCGCUGGACACGGGCAUUGUGGGACACGUGGCCACCUCCAAGAAAACCGUCAACGUACCUGAUGUCACAAAGGACAGCCACUUCAGUGACUUCGUAGACACCCUCACAGAGUACGAGACCAAAAACGUGCUCGCGACUCCCAUCAUGAACGGCAAGGACAUGGUGGCCGUAAUGAUGGCGGUCAACAAGAUUGGCGCCCCCCAUUUCACUGCUCAGGACGAAGAGACGCUGAAGAAAUAUCUCAACUUUGCCAAUCUUGUGCUUCGGGUUUUUCACCUGAGCUACCUGCACAACUGUGAAACCAGACGAGGACAGGUGUUGCUCUGGUCUGCCAGCAAAGUGUUUGAGGAGCUGACCGAUAUUGAAAGACAGUUCCACAAGGCCCUCUAUACAGUCCGAGCCUUCCUCAACUGUGACCGCUACUCUGUGGGCCUCCUCGACAUGACCAAAACUAAAGAGUUCUUCGAUCUUUGGCCCGUACUGAUGGGAGAGGUGGCCCCUUAUAGCGGGCCAAAGACCCCUGAUGGCAGAGAAGUGAUUUUCUACAAAGUGAUUGAUUACAUAUUGCACGGAAAGGAGGACAUCAAAGUAAUUCCUAACCCUCCAGCUGACCACUGGGCAUUAGUAAGCGGACUUCCCACCUACGUUGCAGAGAACGGCCUGAUCUGUAAUAUCAUGAACGCCGCUGAAGACGAGUUCUUUGACUUUCAAAAAGAGCCUCUGGAUGAAUCUGGAUGGACAAUAAAGAAUGUACUCUCUUUGCCCAUCGUAAACAAGAAAGAGGAAAUUGUUGGCGUGGCCACAUUCUAUAACAGGAAAGAUGGAAAGCCUUUUGAUGACAUGGACGAAACACUAAUGGAGUCGCUCACUCAGUUCCUGGGCUGGUCAGUCCUAAAUACAGACACAUAUGACAGGAUGAACAAGCUGGAAAAUCGCAAGGACAUCUUUCAGGACAUGGUCAUGUACCACGUCAAGUGCAGGAAAGAUGAGAUUCAGAAUAUCUUGAACACACGUGAGUUGUAUGACAAAGAACCUGAUGAAUGUGACGAGGACGAGCUGGAGGAUAUUCUGUAUGACACACUGCCAGACUCAGAGGAAUCCGAGAUCUUUGAGUUUCACUUCUGUGACUUUGAGUUCAGUGAGCUGGACCUGGUGAAGUGUGGCAUCAAGAUGUACUAUGAGCUGGGUGUGGUAGACAAGUUCCAUAUUCCACGUGAGACCCUGGUGCGCUUUGUGUACUCGGUCAGUAAAGGUUACAGGAAGAUCACCUACCACAACUGGAGGCAUGGCUUCAACGUGGGCCAGACCAUGUUUACACUGCUCAUGACAGGUGACCUGCAGCGCUACUAUACGGACCUGGAGAAGAUGGCAAUGGUGACCGCUGGACUCUGUCAUGAUAUUGACCACCGUGGCACUAACAACCUUUACCAGAUGAAGUCUGGGAAUCCACUGGCAAAGCUGCAUGGUUCCUCCAUUCUCGAGAGGCACCAUCUGGACUUUGGAAAAACUCUGCUUAGAGAUGAGGCCUUAAAUAUCUACCAGAAUCUGAACCGAAGACAGCAUGAAACCGUCAUCCAUUUGAUGGACAUAGCUAUCAUCGCAACAGACUUGGCCUUGUAUUUCAAGAAAAGGGCCAUGUUUCAGAAAAUUGUGGAUCAGUCCAAGACCUACGAGAGCUGGGACGCUUGGACCAAAUACAUGAUGUUAGAAACGACUCGGAAAGAGAUUGUCAUGGCUAUGAUGAUGACUGCCUGCGAUUUGUCAGCUAUUGCCAAGCCAUGGGAGAUUCAGAGCAAGGUGGCGUUGUCCGUCGCUGCAGAAUUCUGGGAGCAGGGUGACCUGGAGAGGACAGUGCUGGAGCAGCAGCCUAUUCCCAUGAUGGACCGGAACAAAGCGGACGAACUUCCCAAACUGCAGUGUGGUUUUAUUGAUUUCGUCUGUUCUUUCGUUUACAAGGAGUUCUCUCGCUUCCACGUAGAGAUCACGCCCAUGUUAGAGCGUCUGCUGAACAACAGGAAGGAGUGGAACGCUCUGAAGGAAAUUCAUGAGGCCAAGGUAGCCAAGCUGGAAGAGGCUAAAAAAGCUAAAGAGGAAGCAGGUGGUGUCGCCUCAGCUGCUAAACAAGGAAACUCGGUCCAGGCCCCAUCUCAGUCCAAGACCUGUGUCAUUUCCUAGACGUCAAACUGCACAGUAACGGACAAUAAGAAUGUAUGACAAUGUACCCAUAACUCGAAGCGCUUUUAUUAUUUCUCUCCGCAGGAUGUCCUGUUACAAUUAUUUGCACUAGUCUUAAAGGCAGAGGUAAAAAAAAAAAUCUUUUAGUGUGAAUAACAGUCCGCUGCAAUGUCUCAGUGGUGACACCAGGUUUCGUAAAGUUCUACUUUAGUGUCAAUGGCUGAAAAUGUACAGAAUGGAGAAUUCUAAAUACUAAAUAAUGUAUCCAUGGGAGUAUAGCGUGAAUAGAUUUAGAAAGUCCGUGUUACUUUUUUCAUGAUUUAUACGUAGAAACGUAUCAAUAAAUAUAAAACGAGAAAUUUUUGAGCCUAGCCUUGUUUUUUGUUUUUUUAAAGCUUUUGUAACGGUGUUGCUGUGCAAAAUAAGACUUCUGCCCCUCGGAUGCAGUGCUCGCAGAUACACGUGUGUGUGUGUGUGUGUGUGUGUGUGCACUAGUGCUAACUGUCCCACUGGGACAUACAUAACAGUCUUACAAAAGCAUUGGAUAACACCUAGGGGGUGUUGGCCUAAUCGACUGGGAAGGAUGAGAGCUGAUUGGCAGCACGGCAAAAAGAGGCGGGCUCUUGGUAGCAUUUACGUCAUGUCACAGACGCAGUCAGUGCACGUCAAUGGCUAUGAUGUCACGUCUUCUGCUACAUUUACCUCACUUUCACAGCAAAGAGGUGGAGUCCAGAAAAUCUGCAACCCCUGCAAAAGCCAAAAUUAGCUCUGACGUGACAGCAAAUACACACACCUACUCAGAUAGAUGUGCAUCCCCUCACACACACACACACACACACACACAGAGUGCCGUAGGGAAUGAUUAUUCUGACAUCUGAAUCACAAACCAACAGAGCGGCAAAUUGCCACCAGCUCUCCGAAUGGCUGCAUUAACAGUGCUCUCAUUCAGCAUGUUCUGCUACAUACCCUCAGUGAAAGGAACCGCCACAAUUAGCUUCACUAUCUAAAAUUGUAGGCGCUCUGCAUGGAUACAACACAGGAUGCCAUUUGCCAUUGGCUGGCUUUUCAAUGCGGCAACCAAUCAGACGGUCUCCAGCUGAGCUGUUCUGUUUAUGCAAUGCGUAAUGUCAUUUGGAGCAUGUGAAAGAUAGUGACAGCCUUAAAGCAAGUGCUGCUGGGAUUUUUUAAAUCUUUUCCCGAGCUGCUAUUCAGCAUUUGUUCCAGGAAUAGCAUUAAAUUCUGCAGGAGAUAUCAUUGCAGUUUACUGCAGCAUUUAUUUGCCAUAAAUAACAGGAAUGCAGUGCACGAAUGAAUCAGG